CACAGAGGAGCCAACUACUACAUUGUCCAAUCUAGCCUCCACCAAGACCGGCAGGAAAAUACUUUCUUUUUGACGAUUUUUGAGGAAUUUGAAUGAAAAGUUGAGAACUUGAAGAAUGUUAAACCGCUUAGGAUGGUUUUGUGAUUGAAAGAAAGGGAUCUUAUGGAAAACCCAAGAACAAAUACAGACAGCUUGAGCUGUUCUAGCUCGGAUGCCUUGACCACCACUCUCUACAAUUCAAUCCAAGCUCUGGGUCGUGGGUUUGAUGUCACAUCUGACAUAAGGCUUCUAUAUUGCAAGGGGGCUCCUGGGGCGAGGCUGGUUCAGCUUGAUGAAGAUGACGCCGUGGAUCUUGUUGUCUCAGAUGGAGUUGUGGUGCGAAAUGUGCCCACUGAUAUUGAGUUCUCGAGGAGUAAGAGUACCAUCGAGAGAGUGCCGGUUCGCAGUUUUCAUGAGAUGGCAGAAUAUUUUAAUGAGAAAUCUGAUAUAUCAGGGCGUAUUCCACUUGGAAGCUUCAAUUCCAUGUUCAAUUUCACUGGCUCUUGGCAAGUUGAUGCAGCAGCUACAAAAUCCCUUGCAAUGGUUGGAUAUUUCAUGCCACUAUAUAAGGUCAAGUUAGCAAAGCUGAAUUUAGUUCUGCAUGAGGAGAUCAAGCGUGCUGUUCCUUACACUUGGGAUCCUGCAUCUUUGGCUAGUUUCAUUGAAAAUUAUGGUACACAUGUUGUUACUUCUGCGACAGUUGGUGGAAGAGAUGUUGUUUAUUUUAGACAGCACCAAUCAUCUCCUUUGUCAGUAACUGACAUUGAGGACUAUGUCAAAGAUAUUGGAGAACAGAGAUUUAUGGACUUUGCUGGGCCCUUAAAAUAUAAGGAUAAGGAUGUUACAGUCAUUUUUAGGAGGAGAGGAGGUGAUGACCUUGAGCAGAGUCAUGCCAGAUGGGCAGAGACUGUACAGUUUGCACCAGAUGUGAUUAAUAUGACUUUUACACCCAUUGUUUCUCUUCUUGAAGGAGUGCCCAGUAUAAAGCAUUUAGCUCGAGCAAUUGAACUGUACUUGGAAAAUAAGCCACCAAUUGAGGAUUUACAACAUUUUUUGGAUUUCCAAAUUUCUCGAGUAUGGGCACCAGAACAAGGUAAACUUCAAAGGAAGGAGCCUGUAUGUCCAUCCCUUCAGUUCAGCUUGAUGGGUCCCAAGCUGUAUGUUAGCCCAGAUCAGGUCACAGUAGGCCGUAAGCCAGUCACGGGUCUUAGACUUGGCUUAGAGGGAAGCAAGCAGAACAGACUUACAAUUCAUUUGCAGCAUCUAGUGUCUCUUCCCAAAAUCCUACAGCCCCAUUGGGACAUACACAUGGCCAUAGGUGCACCCAAGUGGCAAGGUCCCGAGGAGCAAGACAGCCGAUGGUUUGAGCCCAUCAAGUGGAAGAACUUUUCCCAUGUAAGCACAGCCCCCAUAGAGCACACUGACACUUGCAUCGGAGACCUUUCUGGUGUACACAUUGUCACAGGGGCUCAGCUUGGGGUUUGGGAUUUUGGUUCCAAAAAUGUAUUACAUCUCAAACUCCUCUUCUCCAAAGCACCGGGAUGUACAAUAAGGCGGUCAGUAUGGGAUCAUACUCCAUCCAACCUAACCACUGCACAUAAUUCAGAUGGUUCAUCUUCAUCAACUUCGAACGAGAGAUCUGAUGACAAGAAGGAAGACAGUUCAAGCCACAUUGGAAAACUGGCAAAAAUUUUAGACUUGACUGAAAUGUCGAAGGGACCUCAGGAUAGUCCAGGGCAUUGGCUGGUUACGGGGGCUAAGCUUGGCGUGGACAAGGGGAAGAUAGUAUUGCGGAUAAAGUACUCUUUACUAAAUUAUUGAUUCAUUAUAUCUGUUUUGGUAGGAUAACCCUCUCUUUUUCCACUUGUAAGCAUGAUCAAGCAUUUUUGCACAGGUGAUCAGAGUUCUUUCUUCUGUACAUUGCCCUCUUUUAUUGUCGUUAAUUAUUCCUCACAGGUAUGAUCGUCAAUUUGUUUGUUAUUAUUUGUCUUCAUUUCUUGAAUCCAGUUUCGGUUUUGAUUAUUAGCAAAAAAACGUCUUGUUGUAUAAUAAGUAAAAUAUUUAUUUUUCA